AUGGAUAUUUUUGGUCCGACAAUUGAUACAGAUGCAAUUGAAAUCAUAGAAGGAAAUGAUUUUAGUAAUAAGAACGCUAUUGAAAGAGCAUGGAAACAAACUUAUGAGAUUCGAGAAGAAACAUUAAAGACUGAAAUAUCAACGAUCGACUACGUCAACAGAUAUCCGUAUCUUCGCACUCCUGCUGGAUACGAAUUGUUUUUGGUUGAUGCCUAUGAAAGAGCACCUGAAAUAAAGGAACUUAACUUACAUUCUUCGAUUACAAGAAUAAGUUCUAAAAUAAUUAGAAAAGUGAAAAACAUUCGAAACGAAGCCUUGGCAUAUGAUCUCUUGAAGCAGUAUGAAAAUGUUAAGUAA